GUUAUAGUUUAUUUUUGGUAAUGACUGCCAUAAAAUAACGGUUUAAUCAAUACUAAUAUGUGUUUUUGUAUGCUGUGUUAAAUUAAUUUAAGUCGUGAAACUGAUUUUUUCCUAUCAAUAUUUCAGAUAAAGUGGAUUGUCGAUAAAAAGGAAUAAAGUUCCAUUGAUCGUGAAGCAAAUAGAAUUUAAAGGACCGAGUGCGAAAUAAAAAGUGUUUUUCUGAUGUUAAGCUAAAUUUUAAAAAGGAAGUUUUUACGAACGUUUAUUACCGAGUUUUAUUGGUGGACGUAAAUCAAUUCGGCCGCUUUUAAAAAGAAGUGAAACGUUUUUCCAAACGUUGUGCCUGUGAUUUGUAGAAAAACGACAGUGCUUUGUAUUAAUCGCAGCUGUAAUGGAAGUGAUGGAUAAGUUGGUUAUUCCAGAGCCACAAUGGAUUCUGGAUAGAAGUGGAUCGGGGCCCGCUUUUUGGAGAAGGGACAACGGAAAUAAUCAAAGGGUUAAAUUUCGUCACGAUGUUGAAGUAAAGGAAUUUUGUCGUGGAGACCAUGAACUCGAAGAAACCUACAUAAGAAAUAUUGACGAAUUUCAAGGAGCUAACAUGUUUACCAUGGGCGUUACAUGUAUAUUUUGCGUGGCAGUGACAGUCCUGUUACCUUGGUAUCUUCUUUUGGGCACCAACUGACGAAAAAUUCAAUGAUGGUUAAGAAUCUCAACUUGAGAUACUGUUUUAAAUGAAGAUUGAGAGAAAAAAAAUAGUUAAAAUAAUUAUUAAAAAAUUAGUUAUAAAAUGUAUUUAUAACAACAUAUAAGUAGGUAUGUAUUUUUUAAAACUAUCUGUAUACAAACUUGUAUUCGCUAUUAAUAACUUAAUUUGUUUCUUAGUAUAAUAUAAUUACACUAGUUUACAAAAUCGAAAAGAAAUUCUGCCCACCAUAUCCCAUUAUAAUUUUCCAAUGUAUUUUGACCCACUAAACACGAAAAUCACACUCAAUUAAUUUUUAUGGAAGCGUUUUUGAAAUAUGAAUUUUCGGUUUUGGCGUUUUUGAGUUUGGUCAAACAAGCCCUUAAAUUGAAGGUAUUUGAGCCCUCUAAAACUUUCUUUUACAUACUUUAGAUAUCGGAUAAGUAUUUUGACGCUAGCGAUUUUAAUAUUUUAAAAAAUUCGUUUUUAUGGCAAAAAUUAAGGUUGAUAUUUACAUCAAAGGAUAACUCCAGUUUAAUUUCUUUUCGUGAAGCUGACAUUUUUACAAAAAAAAACAAUCUAAUGUUGAUAAAAAUACAUGAAAAAAUGGCGAAGUUAUCAAUUUUUUAGUGGAAGACCAAAAUUCAGCUUUUUGACGAUUUUUAUUUUAUUUUGUAAUAUGUUUAUUCUUCAAUAAAAACCUAAAUAAAGUCUAUGAUUGGAAUUUUUUGAGUUUUUUACGUUCUUUUUUCACCGAAAACAUUAUUCAAAAUUUAAAUUUGACAUGACUCCACAAACGUGAAUUCUUUUGUUUCUCGUAUUGGCAUAGUGAUAUUUUACUGAUAUGUUUUGAUAUUUCAACAAGGUAUUUUUAUCAUGGUUUUAUUUGGUUGAUAAAAAGUGUAAAAUGUAAAAGAAGUAGAGAUUUCAAGUGCGUAAAUAACCCGCACAAUCUGGGCAACGAAGUGAUGAG